UCGAUACCCUCAGGCCUCAGGCAUGGUGGUGGCUGCGGCGGACGUCCCGCUCCAGAGCAGCGUCUGCGCCGCCUUCUCACCCCGGCGCUCGAUGCUUCAGCUUCACCCGGCGCCCCCCGUCGCGCCGCACGAGUUCUUCCACCGGAUCCCCGCCGCGCCCCGCGAGACCACGAAGGAGGCGCCAGCGGCGGCGGAGGCCGGCGAGCUGCUGCGGCUAUCGGACCUGGAGCGGGUCUGCUACCUCGGCGAGGGCGCCUGCGGCGAGGUCACCAAGGUGCGCCACCGCCGCACCGGCGCCGUGUUCGCGCUCAAGACGGCCCACUACGGCGGACCCGGCGGCGCAGCGAACGAGGAGGCCGAGGCGCUCCGCCGGUCCGCCGGGUCCCCGCACGUCGUGCGCUGUCACGCCGUCCUCGGCGGCGCCGCCGCCGACGCGCCCGCGCUCGUGCUCGAGCUCAUGGACGCCGGGACGCUCGGCGACGUCCUCGGCCGCCGGGGAGGGCGCGGGGUCCCGGAGCGCGCGCUGGCCGAGGUGGCCGCGCGGUGCCUCCAGGGGCUGGCCCACGUGCACGCCCGCGGCGUCGCGCACCUCGACCUGAGGCCCAACAACCUCCUCGCCAACUCCGGCGGCGACGUCAAGAUCGGCGAUUUCAGCGUGUCCAGGAUCCUCUACGGCCGCGAUGGCGAGAGCCGCAGGGUCUCCGUCGCCGUCGGCUCGCCCAUGUACCUGAGCCCCGAGCGGUUGGAGCCCGACGCGCACGCCGGGCCGCGCGGCACCAUCGCCGCCGACGUCUGGGGCUUCGGCGUCACGGUCCUGGAGCUCUUCCUGGGGCGGCGGCCUUUUCUCGCCCCAGGGGUGAAGCCGUCGUUCGAGAAGCUGAGGCAGGCGAUCUGCGACGGGGAGUCACUGUCAGCGCUCGGGAGCGCGGCGGCGUCGCCGGAGCUGCGCGGGUUCGUGGCCGCGUGCCUGAACAAGGACCCGAGGCGGCGCGCCACGGUGGCGCAGCUGCUGGCGCACCCGUUCGUCGCGCGACGCAACGUCGACGAGUCGCGCCGGGCGCUGCAGGAACUCAUAGCGGAGACCCUGGAGGAGUAGGAGCAGAGAAGCAGCACGGUUUUCGAUCGAAUUGUCUGGUUAAAUUUAUGACGAAAUUGAUUAUUCUUUGCUCACUAAUUGAUUUUAGUUUCGAGCGCAUGAGAUCGUCUAACCUCUCUAUCGUUUAUUCAACUUAAUUGGAUGGGUAUUUUUGCCAGCAAUAUAGGUUGCUUUAGCCUAAGAAAUUUUUGAAAAUUGUUCUUUUGGUGUUCUUAUCCCUCUCGUGGAUGAGAAUUUGCAAUAUAUUUUAAAUUCCUUUC